AAGCAACAGUUAGCUUGCAAUCUUAGCCCAUCUUCACCAAGAAUCACAAAGACACAGCUAGUGAGGUUCGAUCCAUGGCUCCCAACAGAGAGGCGUGCGCGGUCGCCAUGGCCAUGGCGGCGCCGUUCAUUGCGAAGGCGAACAACAUCGGCAACGCCACCACCGCAGGCAACGUCGAGAAGCGGCGCCGGACCUCGUCCGACGCCCUCCAGCGCACCGUGUCCGACGUCUCCUACGAGCUCCACCACCACCAGCACGGCGCCAUGGAGAAGGAGGCCGACCAGCAGCAGAAGCAGCUGCUGAACCCCGUGCCGGAGGUGGAGGACGCCAAGUGCGAGUGCUGCGGUAUGUCGGAGGAGUGCACCCCGGAGUACAUCCGCGGCGUGCGCGGCCGGUUCUCGGGGCGGUGGGUCUGCGGGCUGUGCGCCGAGGCCGUGACGGAGGAGGCCGAGAAGAAUGGCGGCAGGCGGGAGGAAGCGCUCCGGGUGCACAUGGGCGUGUGCAAGAGGUUCAACGGCUUCGGGCGCACGCACCCGGUGCUGUUCCAGGCCGAGGCCAUGAGGGAGAUCCUCAGGCGGCGGGCCAAGCUCGGCCCCAGGUCCAGGUCAAGCAUCAACCCCAGGGAGGUCAGGGCAGGCGCCGCGGCGGUGAAGGACGCCGCCGCAGCCGGCAGCGGCAUCGCCCGCAGCUCUAGCUGCAUGCCCUUCAUCACCGACGAGUUCAACGACCGGGCGUCGAUCAACAAAAACUGAUUUGGUUGCAUGAUAACUAUUUACACUAGUACUUAGCUUGCCUGAUGCUCUAAUAGAUACUUCUUUUUUAGGCUAGGGGUGCAUGCAUGUUUACAUGCCCUCGUAGCUUUUUUUUUGUUGCACUUCUAGCUUAGCUAGAACCUUGAGCAGCAUUAUGAUCUAGUGGUGCUUAGUUUGUUCAUGCAAUCUGUUGCAUGGAGAGGCUAGCCCUCAAGUGUGUUUCAGGGUGCAGUUCUUCCUACUACUUGGUCAGUGGAUGGACACCCUUUGGUAGCACUAAUUUCAUCGUUGUUUGUGGAUGCGGCUUUGUUUGGCGCUCUUGUGGUACGGUGCAUCUUCACCAAAAAUCAUGAAGCACUAGCUAGUGACGUUCGA